GAUUGGUUCUAAAGACAAAAGCGCUACGCAAAAUAAUUGCCUGAUUGGCUAGUCUCUCUGUUGGAACUGGAACUGACAGGAUGUGCAGGUGCCGAAGCGGGAGAAGGGGGCUUCCAGGCGGGUAAUGUUAGAACGUGGUGACAGCGGAUAAAACGGAACGCAAUAAGUUUACCACUGCAUUUAUAAUGCAAAGUGGAAGGGAGACUUUCACUUGCUGAACGACAUGAGAUUGAUUACAUCUGUGCAAGGGAGCCUCAUAAAGCCUCUUGGCAUAUCCGAAACCGAAUGAAAUGAUAAGCAGCCGGAGUGCAACAGAUUACAGGUCUGGCUCAGGGGAUCAUGGCUACUCCAGAGAGACUCAGCCGCCAGCUGAGAUGCAGAAACUCCUGGUGGAAUUCCGGACCCUUUACCACGAGCGCCUUCGACGCAUUGACCAAUCAGAUGACAGCCGGGAGGAAGCUCUGCAGAGCAAGGUGGGUGUGCUGCAGUCGUUUGUGCGGGACCUGAGUGAGCAGAAUGAGGUUCUGAUCCAGGCAUUGGAGGCUGAGGAGGCGGAGGGCCGGGCGGUAGAGGGGAGAACAGCCAGCCUGCACAAAGAGCUGGAGACUGAGCUGAUAUCCUCCUUUGAAAAGGAACUUCAACUAAGACUGGACAUGAGAGAGGAACAAUGGGUGGAGUUACAGUCCAACUCCCCCUGCAAGCGGCGCCCAUCCAUGGCUCUGUGCCCGAUGCCAGUGGACCUCGCUGGAACCACGGCAACGUUCCUCCGAACCAAGACCCGCGAGCCGAACCGUGGAGAAAAGGCAGACCGUUACAAGGAUGUGCAGACACACCUGCCUACCCAGGAUGCUAUACUUCAGCAUCUCAAAGAGGCCUGUCUAUCUCAGCAGGAAGCCCAGGUUAAAGUGGAGGAGCGUGAAGCCCAGGUCCAGGAGCUGCAGGACACCAUCACAGAGCUGCACCAGGAGAUGACCAGGAAGGACCAGGACAAGCUGACACAGCUGCAGGAGCUCCACCAGCUGGAGAGCAGGGUGAAGCAGCUUACUGACCAGGUCAGGAGCUCUGAGGAGACCAUAGUCCAGCUGAGACAGGAGGUGGCUGUUAGAGUGGGCAUCAGCAUCAGCAGCGCUACCCUGUCUGGGGACGGGAGUACUACUGACCAGACAGGAUCCAGUCCAGUCCCAUAUCUUACAGAACAGAGGAGCAGAGAACUGCUGAAGACUGAGUUGUCACGUCGGGACGCGACCAUCCAGAAGCUCCGGCGAGAUGUGCUGCUCUCCCAGCAGGCCCGCGACUCCCAGUCUGCUCAGCUGGAUAACCAUGGGCAGAGGAUCUCUCAGCUGCAGACGGAGCUACAGGAGAGCCAACUGGAGCUCCAGAGGGGACACAGCCGCAGAGAGCAGCAGCAGAGGGACUUGCAGACCCAGACACAGCAGGCAGAGGAGCUCCACACUCAGCUGGCGGAGGUCAAAGGGCGUCUUGUGCAGGUGGAGGGAGAAAAUGAGGCGCUCAUGGGAUAUAAGCGGGAGCAGGGAGCCGAGGUGGAAAGGCUGGCAGCGGUGGUGUGUUCUCUGCAGAGCGCUGCCAGGGACAGAGAGGGCACAGAGAGUGCCCAGGCAGAGUGGAGGUGUGUGGACCUGGAGGGGGUGCUGACAGAGACCCGUGCCCAGCUCACGGAGUGCCAGGACAGGCUACAGGAUGCCAGGAGGAGGGCUGAGGAGCAGACCCAGAAGUUCCAGGCCGAGGUGUCAAGUCUGAAGAGCCAGCAUGGCUGUGUUAGUCAGCAGCUGCAGGACAGCAGUGCUGAGGUGCAGAGGCUCCAGAGGUCAUUGGCUGAGCUACAUGGGCGAGAGAUGGAGUGGGAGAGAGAGACAUCCGCCCUGCAGGGCCAGCUGAGCCGUGCCAGAGAGGAGCUCCACAGCGCCAUCCUCAGGGGGGGGGCACAGCAGCAGAAGGAAGAGCUGAUUGGUGAUCAGCAGAGGGAGGUGGACAGACUGAAGAAUGAGAGACAGGAGAUGCGAAAAGAGCUUUGUGGUAGAGAAGAGGAGCUGAAGAGGCUGAGAGACGAGCAGCAUCAGCUCAAGGACAAGGUGAGGGAGAGCGAGGUGCAGGCUGUGUGGCUGCAGAGCCAGGCAGAUGUGGUGGGUCGGGAGCUGUGGGAGGAGAGUGCCCAGCGAGACAGGGAGCUGUGGGCGUGGAGGGACCGCUACCACGCUGCCUCAGAGGGCCUGAGGCUGAGGGAGGCUGAGCUUCAGGAGGUACAGAGGGCCAGGGACACGGCCCUCAGAGGCCUGAGACUACAGGAGGAGAAGAGCCACAGUCUGGGGGCCCAGAGGCAGGAGCUGCAGCACAGCCUGGAGGACCUACAGGACAGGCUUGCCCAGAAGGAUGAGACAGUGGUGGCUGUCAGAGUGAAGCUGCAGGACCAUGAAGAAGACACCCGUGUUCUCCGCCAACAGCUGCUCUCCUCCCAAGAUGCACUGCAGCAAGUUACUGCCGAGCUGAGGUCAUGUAGAAGAGAGAGGGAGAAGCAGGAUAGCCAGUGUGUGGAGACAGAGGAGAGGCUUGCUGAGAUCAGAGCUGAUCUGGUCCAACUACAACAGCAGUAUUCCACCUGCUAUGCCCAGCUGGUCCAGGAGGAGGCUGUGGUGAGCAGGCUGAGGGAGGAGCUGCGUGAGGUGGGGGAACAGAGAGACAGACUGGCCUCUCAGGUGACAGAGAACCAGGACCUGAGCAAUGAACUGGACCUGCUCACUAAGAAACACAAGGCUGCACAGCAUGAGGUGGCCAGCAGGGAUGAAACAGUGCUGAGACUGACCACAGAACUGAGGACCGCCCAGGAACACCUGAAAUCAGCUCAGGAUGAGCUGUCAGUGCAGGCUCAGCAGGAGCAGGCCCUUGGAGAGGAGGUGCAGAGGCUGCAGAAUGAGGUGAGCUGUCUCCAGGGCAGCCUGAGUCAGAGAGAGGAGGACAUGGAGGCACAACUACAGACAACUGGCCAGCUACAGCAGGAGAGGGACAGCAUGCUCACACAGCGGGACAGCCAGCAGGGGGCAGUGUGUGUUCUGCGCGGGAAGCUGCAGCGGUGUCAGGCGGAGGCCCGGGCUCAGCAGGAGAGCAGGGAAGAGGAGGUGUCGGGCUUGAGGGCUGAGCUACAGAAGGCCCAGGGCAGGCUGCAGCAGUGUAGAGGAACCAUGGAGCACCUCCGCUCUGACCUGGAGCACGCCCAGAGACAGACCAGGCAGGCAGAGGAUGAGGCAUCUGAUAGGGAGAGCCGUCUGCGGGGCCAGGAGGCAGAGUUAUCCAGGCUGAGGGCUGUGCUGCAGGAGGCUGAGAGCAGAGCAGCGGACACAGAGGCCAGGCUGCAGCCCCUGACCCAGUCCCUGGAGCUGUACAGGACCAAGUACCAGGCCUGCAUCACAAAGAUCUCCCAGCAGGACAGCACUUUACAGGCCCAGGACGAGGACCUGAAGGAAGCCAGGGCUCAGGUGGUGGAGCGGGAGGAGCAUGUGCUGCGUCUGUGUGCCCAGGCGGUGGUGUUGCAGGGGGAGCUGAAGGCCCACAGUGCCCAGCUGGAGAGUGGGGAUGACGCCCUGAGUGCCCUAAGCCAGCACCUCCGAGACACCCAGAGAGACCUGGAGGACAGCCGCAAACACAGCCAGGAGUGUGAGAUGGUCAUCAGCACACUGAGAGACAGCACCGCCACACUGAGACGACAGGUGGAGGAACAGGAGGAGAGUGUGGUGAAGAGCCAAGCUGAUUUCUCUGUCUACAGAGCCACUCACAUCCACUCUGUCUCAGACUACGACUCCCAGCUCUCCGCAUCCAGGAACUACAACAGGCGUUCUCCCAGGCCGUGGAGCAGUGUGCCCAGGGCAGCCAGGACCUCAGUGGGUGCCAGUCGGAGGUUCGUCAGCUGAGAGAGGAGGUGUCCAGACUCACCCAGCUCAAGGACAACACUGUGGCAGAGGUGCUGCGGCUGCAAGAGGCUGGGAGGCAGCUCCAGGCAGAGGCCAUGAUGGAGGGCCAGCGUAGGCUUGAGGAGGUGGGAGCUCUAG